GGCCGACGCGCCGGGACUCGGCCGCAGGGCCGCUGUGCCCCCUGCCCGGGCGGCGGCAGGGCGCAGGAGGCCCCCGGCUGAGGGCAGCGAGGCCCGGGAGGGGCUGGGGAGGCUGGGAGGCAGCAGCAAAGCGCUUCCUCGAGAUCUGUCUAGACGGUCGGCAAAUGACGGCUGUGUUGAACCUGUCUGCAGAGGGGAAGAUCCUCCGCGGGCACUUAAAUUGCACGGUGUGGGCGUUGGCUGAGCGCCCUGCAUCAAGAUAACAGCUUCGCCUCCAGGUACCUAGACAGGUCACCGGGAGUGGGGACGGCCGAGAAGCUUGAGGCGCAACACACAGCCCCGCCAAAUAAAACCCUCCCUGGCAGCGGUGCUCCGAGCCAACCAGCGGCGAGCGCCAGGGGCGGCCCGACAGGCCGGGGAGGUGGGCCGCGACGCGGAAGUGCUGCAGCCAGCGGCGCUGGCCGGCGGGACGGCGCGGCUCGGCUCGGCUCGGCGCGGCUCGGCGCAGGAUGCUGAAGCUGGCGGCGGGGCUGCUGGCGGCCGCUGCUGUAGCGCUGCUGCUGGACUGCUACACACCCGCGGGGUCACGGCCGGCGGAGGGGCCGCGCCGCCGCCCGCGGGCCCCGCAGCCCGCCCCCGGCGCAGAGGCCGACAACCUGCUGUGGGUAGUGCAGGUGUCAGAUAUUCAUAUCAGUGAAUUUUGGGAUCCCAAGCGACCUACCGACUUUGAAAAAUUCUGUUCUGAAACCAUUGAUAUAAUUCAGCCAGCACUUGUUCUAGCUACAGGAGACCUGACAGAUGCUAAGACAAGAGAUAAACUGGGAUCUGAGCAGAUAGAAGCAGAAUGGAAAACUUACCACUCAAUCCUGAAGAGAUCAAGGGUCAUGGAAAAAACCAAGUGGAUAGACAUCAAAGGGAAUCAUGAUUCAUCCAACAUUCCACACCUGGAUAGCGUUUGGAAUUAUUACAGGAAAUACUCUGCCUGGCAUAAAGAAGGCUCUUUCCAUUACAUCCACACCACCUCUUUUGGGAACUAUUCGUUCAUCUGCGUGGAUGCCACACUCAGCCCAGGCCCUAAAAGACCCUAUAAUUUCUUUGGGAUUUUAAACACGAAUCAAAUGGAAGAGCUAUCUUUCAUGGCAACAGAAAGUCUGCACAGCAAUCAUACCAUCUGGUUUGGCCAUUUCCCCACCUCAACCAUCAUCUCCCCAGCCCCAGGAAUACGAUCAUUAAUGAGUUCUGCCACAGCCUAUUUAUGUGGACAUCUACAUACGAUGGGUGGGCUGAUGCCAGUCUUGCACAGUCAGCACCGUGGUGGCACUCUGGAACUCGAAGUAGGAGACUGGAUGGAUAAUAGGAGGUACCGGAUCCUUGCGUUUGAUCAUGACCUCCUCAGCUUCGCAGAUCUCAGCUUUGAGGAGUGGCCUGUAGUUCUCAUCACCAAUCCCAAGUCCUUCCUUUACAGCAGUUCUGUUCACGAACCACUAGUCAAAAUUCUUCAUUCCACUCAUAUCAGAAUUCUGGCCUUCUCUCCUUCUGUCAUUGUCUCUGUCCAAGUCUACAUAGAUGGAGUUGACUUGGGGAAUGCACAUUAUGUGUCUGGCCCUCUCUAUGUACUGAAGUGGAACCCCCAAAACUACAGUGAAGGGUUCCAUCACAUCAAUGUGACUGUCCAGGAUGCUUCAGGAAGAAUUAGCACGCGGCACCAUAUAUUUGCUAUGGAAGAAAACCUUUCUCUUAGAUUUGCCUUCUGGCCAUCGGUUAUUCUUCUCACAGACCACUAUGUAUUAGCUCGUGUGCUCUUUGUACUGAUUGUGCUGAUUCAGCUCGCCUUGCUCCUUACUUUCAGAUACAUCCAAAAGCCAGCACUCAGAGAAAAGCCAGGACUACUUACUCUGACCUCGUACUCCCUUCACGUCUUCAGUAAAACUAACAUCUUCUACUACUCAAUUCUGGGUCUGAAUUUAUACACUGUUCUGGGACCAUGGUUUGUAGGUGAAAUAAUAGAUGGCCAAGUGGGAGCCUGUUUUUCCUUUGGAGUGUUCGUUGGUGGUUCCUUCUUACAGGGCAGUAUGACAUUUGCGGUUGGGAUUUUACAGAUGUUGUUUUUCAACCUGCCAUUAAUGGCCUAUCUGUGCUGGUGCCUGUUGCUGCGAUGCCAAGGGCACAGCUUCCGUUCUCACAUCACUCACAUCCGAGGCCCCAUGGCUGUGCUUGGUCACCUGGCCAUGGCUGUCUUCCUGGCCUGGCAGGUCUAUUCCUGCUAUUUCCUGCAGAGAACUUAUGGGACCUGGGCUUUCUUCCUGUCCCCAAUGAGACUGUGGUUGGUGGCACUAUCCGCUGCUUUGAUUUAUAAAACCUGGACGUUGAAAUCGUCUGAGCUCAGAACUUACAUAGUAGAAAUGAAAACCUCUCAGAGCCACUGAGGUACAAUAUAAAUAUCCCAAGUUCUUAAAUACUGUGCCAAUGUGACACUAUGAUUAAUGCUGCUUGAGUUGUGCUGAUGCUGGUUUCACAGUCCAGCUGCAAGUGAGCCAGUCAAUAGUUCUGUAGUUGGAAAAUGCACACUGGAAGAUUUCAGACCAUCUAAUGCUACACUGCAGGUGUCUCUCUCUUCAUCACAGUUUACGGCGUCCAUCACUCCACGCUUCCUUCUUUCAGGGGCAGCUUCAGCACUAGGAAGUGAAAGUGAUGUCAAAACAUCAAACAACUGAGGACAACUUUGUUAGGAACACUGUAAAAAUGACUCAGCUUGAAACAAUUUGCUAUUGUGUAUACAUGUCAAAAGCAGAAGCCUGGGUAAGACUAAUGAGAAGUAGAGUCAAGAGCCUGCAACAAAGCACCUGUAUCUGCCCCAUGAUGAGGAAACGAGUUGGAAGGUGAUUCUGGCAGAAGAUGAAGACCACCGACUCAUGAGGGACCACCAGGAACCACCAAAUGCGUGGGAAACAUUUGGAACAACACAGCAAUAUUAUGCCUGUAUGCAAAUCAACCAUUGUAAAUGGGAUUGUAGAACCUUAUAACUUUAGGUAUAAACACAGUGCAGAAGCUUGUGUUGGGUGUGCUUGAUCUGUGAAAUUCCCACUGUGCAAACCUGAAAUAAAUCAGCACUGUCUCUCCUGACUGUGUGAUUAUUGGUGAGUUGCACACUGGGGAACAAAUCUGCUUUUCAGGCAUCAGUUCUUGGUGACCCAGAUGGGAGUGUUGUGAGGCUGGGCCCAGCUCACUCACUGGCUGCUGGUGGGGAGAAGCUGCUCUCAGGCUCUGGCACGCAGUGACCUGUUGCUGGGGUCCCUGAGGGCUCUCCCCAUCUGCAGCCAGUCAGGGACCCAAAGGUGCAAUGCAUCAAUUAGACACUGCACGGGUAUAACAGGUGGAAAGGUAUUUUCUCAUGCAACGUUGGAGAGUGAUGACUGGAGUGCAUAAAUGCAUGGUGUAAAAGGUGUAAGGCAUACAAGGUUUAUACACACUUGACAGUAACAACAUGAGUGCAUAAAAAUGGGAGUAAGAAUGUUCUUUUUCUCAGGGAGUGUGGAGGUCUUCAAUACCCUCCUGGAUGCAUUCCUGUGUGACCUGCUCUAGAUGGACCUGCUUUGGCAAGGGUGUUGGACUAGAUGAUGUCUAAAGGUCCCUUCCACCUCCUAACAUUCUAUGAAAAAUAUGGGAGCAGGGCAAAGGGCAACUUGCCUUUGCUCUCCAUCCUAAAAAAGUGAAACAGGUUAGCUGAGUAUCCCCUAAUAAGGAAGAAAUUAAGAGUUCUGUACUCAGUGGUGUCCAAAAUAUAAAUUAGAAUAUAAUUAAGAAAAAAGGUCUGAAAAUGAAACAAUGAAGUCAUUUGGAUAUUAAAAAAAUGUAGUCUGGUAAAUAUUAACUAGCAAACUGUAAUAUGUGCUAAAUGCGAAGGGUAAAAAGAUGAUACUAUAUUGCAAUGAAUGCAUCUUGUACAUAAAAAUGACUGUCCAGCACUUAAAGGAAUGAGAGGAAACCUUUAAAAGAUGAAAAAUCUCUGCAAAUGAAUUAUUGGUGUAAAACAGUGUAAUCAGAUAUGUAACAACCAUAAAGGAAACGGUCAAGAACAAGUAUGAAAACCUUGAGGAAGAAUUUUAGGAGCAGUAAUUGUGAGUAAUUAACUGAAGGCACCUGCAGAGCCCAUUUUCUGCACUAACUCUGCUGUACAGCAUGAGAGUGUGUGUGAAAUGUUUUGUAUGUUUGAAGAAAUCCAUGUCCAGUUUAAGGGAAAAUGUGGAUCAAUGUCUGUCACUAUUUUCUAAUAUUUGUCCAAGAAAAGCUAACAAGACUGAAAAUAAUUGCUUUAAUCAACAAAUACAGCAGCCCUAGUUCCAGAAAACAUUCUAGAAAUUGAAGGCAAGUUUGCCAAGCUCUUGAAAUGUGUAAAGACUACUGAAAGGUGGUGUAAAACUGUGAGCAAACAAUGUAUAACAACUCCUCAAAUAAGAAGAGAAGUUAUAAAAUGGGCAUAUUGCAAUAUGCAAAGGAGAAGUGAAGCCGUAGUAGAAAUAGUAAAAAAAGCAUGCUGUGGGAAUUCAAGUGCUGAAAAUUGCUGAGCCUGAAAUAAACCUGACAUUAAUAAGCAA